AUGUCAUACAUUGGAAUCAAUACAUCUGGUGGGAUCAACCCUUGUAUCACUUUUUAUGAGAGAAUGCAAGCUUGUAUCAAUAAAGAAAAUUUACCAAAUAAAAUGUGUGCAAUCGAAGGACUAGACUUCUUAGAAUGUGUCAAUCGUAGAAAAUAAUAUGCACUCAAUUACAAAAUCCAAUAGGAAUUGCAUAAGAAUAGAAUAUUGGUAUUGCCUACUUAUGAUGUCGAAAAUGAUAGGUUUGUAUCGAAAUAUUAAAAUGCAACAGAGGUGUUUUAAUAAAAGCAUUGAAAAUAUACAAAUACACAGAAAUAUUAAAUAUCCAAAAUACUCAUUA